GGGGGGGGGGUCAUUCCUGGGAGUCCGGCUCAGUGACGCGGAGCUCCUUAAACCUCCGGGUCUCCGGGACCCAGCCUCAGUCAGUCCGGGUCACAGUCCCGCAGCAAGCGCCGCUUCAUCCGAACCAACCGAACUUUGUGGAUCCUCCCCGCGGGCCGGACCUCUGCUUCUGGACCCUGUGAUCCUGGUUCUGCCCCCUCCGGUAUAAAAGCAGCAGCAUGAUGAAGAACAGCGGCUUCCUGGAGCCGCAGCAGCUCUUCUUCCACGGCCCCGCGGAGGAAGAGGAGGAGGAAGAGGAGGAGGAGAUGCCGGCCACCGAGAAGGACCUGGCGGAGGACGCGCCCUGGAAGAAGAUCCAGCAGAACACCUUCACCAGGUGGUGCAACGAGCACCUGAAGGUGCUCAACAGGCGGAUCGCGGACCUGCAGAAGGACCUGAGCGACGGGCUGAAGCUGAUCGGGCUGCUGGAGGUGCUGAGCCAGAAGAAGAUGUACAGGAAGUAUCACCUGAGGCCCAACUUCCGUCAGAUGAAGCUGGAGAACGUCUCCGUGGCGCUGGAGUUCCUGGAGAGGGAGCACAUCCGGCUGGUCUCCAUCGACUCCAAAGCCAUCGUGGACGGGAACCUGAAGCUGAUCCUGGGUCUGAUCUGGACCCUCAUCCUGCACUACUCCAUCUCAAUGCCCAUGUGGGAGGACGAGGACGACGAGGACGCCAAGAAGCUGACCCCCAAACAGCGUCUGCUGGGCUGGAUCCAGAACAAGGUUCCCCAGCUGCCCAUCACCAACUUCCACCGAGACUGGAGGGACGGCAAAGCCCUGGGAGCGCUGGUGGACAACUGCGCCCCCGGUCUGUGUCCAGACUGGGAGACCUGGGAUCCCAGCCAGCCGGUGGAGAACGCCCGGGAGGCCAUGCAGCAGGCUGAUGAUUGGCUGGGAGUCCCGCAGGUGAUCGCUCCAGAGGAGAUCGUUGACCCAAAUGUUGACGAGCACUCUGUCAUGACGUACCUGUCCCAGUUCCCAAAAGCCAAGCUGAAGCCUGGAGCACCUCUGAGGGCGAAGACGCUGCAUCCAAAGAAGGCUAAAGCUUAUGGUCCAGGUAUUGAGUCUCGAGGCAACAUGGUUCUGAAACCGGCAGAGUUUCUGGUGGAGACGGUGGAGGCUGGAAUGGGGGAGGUCCUGGUUUAUGUGGAAGAUCCGGAGGGACACACCGAGGAGGCCCGAGUGAUCCCCAACAAUGACAAGAACCGGACCUACGCUGUGGUGUACCUGCCCAAAGUGGAGGGUCUUCAUAAGGUCAAGGUGCUGUUUGCCGGGCAGGACAUCGACAGAAGCCCCUUCAUGGUCAACGUCUCCAAAGCCAUGGGUGACCCCGGCAGGGUUCAGGCCCGCGGCCAAGGACUACAGCCGGUGGGAAACGUGGCCAAUAAACCCACGUACUUUGACAUUUAUACUGCAGGGGCGGGAGCUGGGGACGUAGGCGUCAUCAUUGUGGACUCCAACGGCCGCAGGGACACAGUGGAGAUUGUGCUGGAGAACAGAGGUGACAGUAUAUUCCGGUGCACCUAUGUGCCGGUCCUGGAGGGCCCUCACACCAUCUAUGUGACCUUUGCUGGGCAGCAGAUUCCCACCAGUCCUUUCACCGUCAACAUCUCAGAGGUUUCACAGAGCGCCCCUCCCCCCGACUCACCGGUGCAGAUUGUACCCCAGUCCAUACGUACCCCACCCUCAGAAAAGAGCAGGAGAGCCCCCCCACCAACACCGCCUAAACCCAGGCGACCAACCUGUAACCCGAACGCCUGCAGAGCAAUGGGCCGAGGUCUGCAGCAGAAAGGCCUGAGAGUGAAGGAAGUGGCCGAUUUCAAAGUGUACACCAAAGGAGCCGGCAGCGGGGAGCUGAAGGUCACCGUGAAGGGCCCGAAGGGCCGGGAAGAACCAGUGAAGGUGCUUGAGAUGGAGAACGGCAUUUAUGAAUGUAAUUAUUACCCCAUCAUGACUGGAAAGUACAUCAUAACCAUCACCUGGGGAGGACACAGCAUCCCCCGCAGCCCCUUUGAGGUGAAUGUAGGUGAGGAGGCGGGGCCUCAGAAGGUGAGGGCCUGGGGUCCAGGUCUGGAAACUGGGAUGGUGGGGAAGAGCGCAGACUUUGUGGUGGAGGCCAUUGGCACAGAAGUGGGAACCCUUGGUUUCUCGAUCGAGGGGCCGUCUCAGGCUAAAAUCGAGUGCGAUGAUAAAGGCGAUGGAUCCUGCGACGUGCGAUACUGGCCCACUGAGCCGGGCGACUAUGCCGUCCACGUCAUAUGUGAUGAUGAGGACAUCAAGGACAGUCCCUUCAUGGCUCACAUCCUCCCCGCAGCCAUAGAUGUGUUUCCUGAGAAGGUGAAAUGUUACGGCCCGGGUCUGGAGCCUCUGGGUUGCAUCGUCAACAAACCAGCCGACUUCACCAUCGACACCAGUGGAGCUGGCAGAGGAGAGCUGAGGCUCUACGCUCAGGAUGCAGACGGUUUCCCCAUCGAUAUCCAGAUCACAGAUAACGGAGACUGCACCUACUUCUGUGUCUAUAUCCCCACCAAACCCAUCAAACACACCAUCAUCAUCACCUGGGGCGAAGUCAAUGUUCCCAACAGUCCCUUCAGGGUGAUAAUUGGAGAGGGAAGCCAUCCAGAGAACGUGAAGGUUUACGGUCCAGGUGUGGAGAAGACAGGCCUGAAGGCCAGCGAGCCAACAUACUUCACUGUAGACUGCAGUGAGGCUGGACAAGGUGACGUCAGCAUUGGGAUCAAGUGUGCUCCUGGCGUGGUGGGACCUGCGGAGGCUGAUAUCGACUUUGACAUCAUCAAGAACGACAACGACACGUUCACUGUGAAGUACAUGCCUCCAGGUCCUGGUCAGUACACCAUCAUGGUGCUGUUCGCUGACCAGGAGAUUCCCAUCAGCCCCUUCAGAAUAAAGGUGGAUCCUUCUCACGAUGCAGCUAAAGUCAGAGCGGAGGGUCCUGGACUCCACAGGACUGGUGUGGAGGUUGGAAAGCCCACCCACUUCACCAUUUACACCAAGGGAGCUGGUAAAGCCAAGCCAGAGGUUCAUUUUAUCGGAGCAGCUAAAGGCGAAGCUGUCCGAGACUUUGAGAUCAUCGACAACCACGACUACUCGUACACGGUCCGCUACACGGCGGUGCAGCAGGGCAACAUGUCCAUCACAGUGUGCCACGGAGGAGACCCCAUCCCUAAAAGUCCCUUCAGCAUCACCGUGGCCCCCCCUCUGGACCUCAACAACGUUAAAGUUCAGGGACUCAACAGCAAGGUGGAUGUAGGGAUGGAGCAGGACUUCUCCAUCACCACCCGGGGUGCAGGAGGCCAGGGCAAACUGGACCUGAAGAUCACCUCUCCAUCACGUCGUCCGAUCCCCAGCAAGCUGGAGUCUGGCACCGCCAACGAGGUCCACACGGUGAAGUACCUCCCGCCCGAGGAGGGGCUGUACAGAGUGGACCUCAGCUAUGACGGCAACCCCGUCCCGGGAAGUCCCUUCACCGUGGAGGCCGUCAUGCCCCCCGAUCCUUCAAAGGUCCGAGCCUACGGUCCUGGUCUUCAGGGUGGGUUGGUGGGGAAGCCGGCUCCUUUUGCCAUCGACACCAAGGGAGCUGGAACCGGCGGCCUUGGCCUGACGGUGGAAGGUCCAUGUGAAGCCAAGAUCGAAUGCCAGGACAACGGUGACGGAUCCUGUUCUGUGUCCUACCUGCCCACCGAGCCUGGAGAAUACGCCAUCAACAUCCUGUUUGCAGACCAGCACGUCCCCGGCUCGCCCUUCAAGGCCGCGGUUCUGCCCGUGUUCGACCCCAGCAAGGUGGUGGCCAGCGGCCCCGGCUUGGAGUGGGGAAAGGUCAACGAGACGGGCUCCUUCACGGUGGACUGCUCCAAGGCCGGCGAAGCAGAACUCACCAUCGAGAUCGUCUCCGACAACGGGUCCAAAGCCGAGGUUCACGUCCAGAACAACGGUGACGGGACGUACUCCAUCACCUACAUCCCUCCCUGCCCAGGCUCCUACACCAUCACCAUCAAAUACGGAGGCCACGCCGUGCCCAAGUUCCCAGUCCGUCUCCAGGUGGAUCCGGCCGUCGACACCAGUGGGGUGAAGGUGUACGGACCGGGAGUGGAACCCAGAGGCGUCCUGAGGGAGGUAACCACCCACUUCCUGGUGGACACCCGAGCUCACUACCAGACCGGAGGCAGCCCCGUUAAGGUCCACAUCUCCAGCCCGUCUGGGGCCAACACGGACGCCUACGUCUCCGAUGAGGGCGACGGGACCUACAGGGUGGAGUACACAGCCCUAGAAGAUGGUCUGCACCUGGUGGAGGUUCUCCUAGAUGAUGUCUCGGUUCCGAAGAGUCCCUUCAGGGUGUCGGUGACAGAGGGCUGUGAUCCGAGUCGGGUCCGAGCCUUCGGUCCCGGCCUACAGGAAGGACUGGUGAACAAAUCAAACAGCUUCACUGUUGAAACCAGGGGUGCCGGUACCGGAGGACUGGGUCUGGCCAUCGAAGGUUCGUCAGAGGCAAAGAUGUCAUGUCAGGACAACAAAGACGGCAGCUGCAGCGUGGACUACAUCCCCUUCACGCCUGGAGACUACGACGUGAACAUCUCCUUUGGAGGCCUUCCCAUCCCUGGAAGCCCGUUCCGCGUCCCGGUCCGACAGCUGGUAGACCCCAGCAAGGUCAGGUGUUCUGGUCCUGGACUCGGAGGAGGGGUCCGGGCUCAUGUUCCUCAGACCUUCACUGUAGACAGCAGCAAAGCAGGAGUGGCUCCACUGGAGGUCCAGAUCUAUGGACCGGCAGGUGUGGCCGAGCCGGUCAGCGCCACAGACAACGGAGACGGCACGCACACGGUCAACUACACCCCAGCCAGCGACGGCCCCUACACCGUCUGCGUGAAGUACGCCGACCAGGAGGUCCCUCGGAGUCCUUUCAAGAUCAAAACCUUACCGGCUCACGACGCCAGUAAGGUGCGAGCCAGCGGUCCGGGCCUGAACGCCUCCGGGGUCCCCGCCAGUCUGCCGGUGGAGUUCACCAUCGACGCCAGGGAUGCUGGAGAAGGACUCCUGACCGUCCAGAUCCUGGAUCCAGACGGCUGCAGGCGCGAGGCCUCGGUGUUUGUGGAGGACUGGGGCAGGAGGGUGUGGCAGAGUCACAUAGUAAAGAAAACCAUCCCCUUCAGUAUUCUGAGGAGAGGCUGCGACCCCGAGGGAAAACCCAAGAAGGCCAACAUCCGGGACAACAGGGACGGGACCUACACCGUGUCCUACGUCCCCGACAUCACCGGCCGCUACACCAUCACCAUCAAGUACGGCGGAGACGAGAUCCCGUACUCGCCCUACAGAAUCCACGCCGUGCCCACCGGGGACGCCAGCAAGUGCCUGGUCACAGUCUCCAUCGGAGGACACGGACUGGGCUCAGGGCUCGGCCCGACUAUCCAGAUCGGAGAGGAGACGGUCAUCACGGUGGACGCAAAGGCUGCUGGGAAAGGUAAAGUCACCUGUAAGGUGUCGACGCCGGACGGGGCGGAGCUGGACGUGGACGUGGUGGAAAACGCGGACGGAACGUUUGAUAUCUACUACACGGCUCCAGAACCCGGCCAGUACAUCAUCACGAUCCGGUUUGGAGGGGAGCACAUCCCCAACAGCCCCUUCCGUGUGGUGGCGAGUGAAACCGUCCCAAUAAUCGAGGAACCGUGUGACAAAGUUCAGUGUCAGCAGCCCUACUCGCCCUACGCGGGCUUCUCCCCUCCCUGGGCAACAGACGACCCGAUCGGCGCUGCAGACGGGAUGGAGCCGCUGCUGCGUCCCUUCAGUCUGGUUAUUCCCUUCACCGUGCAGAAAGGAGAGAUCACAGGUGAAGUGCGAAUGCCGUCGGGUCGCACGGCUCGACCCAACAUCACGGACAACAAGGACGGGACGGUGACGGUGAAAUACUCGCCGACGGAGCGCGGCCUGCAUGAGAUGGACAUCAGGUGUGAUGGAAACCACAUCCCAGGAAGUCCUCUCCAGUUCUAUGUGGACGCCAUCAACAGUGGUCAUGUGACUGCGUACGGCGCCGGCCUGAGCCACGGCACAGUGAACAGACCCGCCACCUUCACCAUCGUCACCAAAGACGCCGGAGAAGGAGGCUUGUCUCUGGCUGUUGAAGGUCCAUCCAAAGCCGAGAUCAGCUGCAUAGACAACAAAGAUGGGACAUGCACGGUGUCCUACCUGCCCACCGCACCUGGAGACUACAGCAUCAUCGUCAAAUUUGACGACCAGAACAUCCCCGGCAGCCCGUUUAUGGCAAAGAUCACAGGAGAUGACUCCAUGAGGACAUCACAGCUCAACGUCGGCACUUCAUCAGACGUUUCCCUAAAGAUCACAGAGACGGACCUGAGCAGCCUGGUGGCGACCAUCAGAGCCCCAUCGGGUCACGAGGAGCCGUGUCUCCUGAAGAGGCUCCCCAACAGACACAUCGGGAUCUCCUUCACACCAAAGGAAGUGGGUGAACAUGUAGUGAGCGUGAAGAAAAGCGGCAAACAUGUGACCAACAGUCCGUUUAAGAUCAUGGUGGGUCAGUCUGAGAUCGGAGAUGCCAGCAGGGUGAAGGUUUACGGUCAGGGGCUGGUGGAGGGACACACCUUCGAGGUUGCUGAGUUCAUCGUGGACACCAGGAACGCAGGUUACGGAGGUCUGGGUCUCUCCAUCGAGGGUCCCAGUAAAGUGGACAUCAACUGUGAGGAUGUGGAGGACGGCACGUGUAAGGUUACCUACUGCCCUACAGAACCUGGAAACUACAUCAUCAACAUCAAGUUCGCUGACCAACAUGUUCCAGGAAGUCCGUUCACCGUUAAAAUAUUCGGAGAAGGCCGGAUGAAGGAGAGCAUCACCAGGAGGCGGCAGGCCCCCUCCAUCGCCACAGUGGGCAGCACCUGUGACCUCAACCUGAAAAUACCAGGAAACUGGUUUCAGAUGGUUUCCGCUCAGGAACGUCUGACCCGGACGUUCACCCGCAGCAGCCACACCUACACCCGCACCGAACGCACCGAGAUCAGCAAAACCCGAGCCGGAGAGACCAAGCGGGAAGUGCGGGUGGAGGAGAGCACGGAGGUGGGAGGAGAUCCCUUCAGAGACGUGUUUGGAGACUUUCUGGGACGAGAGAGUCUGAGCGGCUUCAGCGGGAUGCCGGCGGGAAGCCGACCGCCGCUGCAGGACGGUGAGGCGGGCAACCAGGAGAUGACGGCUCAGGUGACGAGUCCCGGAGGGAAGACCGAGGACGCAGAGAUCAUCAAAGGGGAGGACAGCACCUACAGCGUGCGCUUCGUCCCUCAGGAGAUGGGCCCUCACAUUGUCAACGUGAAAUACCGGGGCCAGCAUGUCCCUGGGAGCCCCUUCCAGUUCACCGUGGGGCCCCUGGGGGAGGGAGGGGCCCACAAGGUGCGAGCGGGAGGAACGGGACUGGACCGAGGAGUGGCCGGGCUGCCGGCUGAGUUCAGCAUCUGGACCAGAGAAGCUGGAGCUGGAGGUCUGUCCAUCGCUGUGGAAGGACCCAGCAAAGCUGAGAUCACCUUUGAAGACCGGAAGGACGGCUCCUGUGGCGUCUCCUACGUGGUGCAGGAGCCUGGUGAUUACGAGGUUUCCAUCAAGUUUAAUGAUGAGCACAUCCCAGACUCUCCCUUCACUGUGCCCGUUGCCAGCCUGUCGGACGACGCCCGCCACCUCACCAUCACCAGCCUGCAGGAGGUGGCGCUGAAGGUGGGUCAGGAGGCCUCCUUCGCCGUGCAGCUGAAUGGAGCCAGGGGCCUCAUCGACGCCAAGAUCCACACACCGUCAGGGGCCACGGAGGAAUGCUACAUCACCGAGCUGGACAGCGCAGAUCAGCACGCCAUCAGGUUCAUCCCCAAGGAGAACGGCGUCCACUCCAUAGACGUGCGCUUCAACGGCAGCCAUGUCCCUGGCAGUCCCUUCAAGAUCCGAGUGGGAGAACCAGGGCAGGUGGGAGAUCCAGGGCUCGUCUCUGCCUUUGGACCAGGACUGGAAGGAGGAAGCACAGGUGUAGCAUCAGAAUUCAUGGUCAACACCUGUAAUGCCGGGGCAGGAGCUCUGUCUGUGACCAUCGAUGGACCAUCGAAGGUCAAGAUGGACUGUCAGGAAUGUCCUGAGGGCUACAAAGUCUCUUACACCCCCAUGGCUCCAGGGAGCUACCUGAUCUCCAUUAAAUAUGGAGGACCGCAGCACAUCGUUGGCAGCCCCUUCAAGGCCAAAGUGUCAGGACCUCGCCUGUCAGGAGGUCACAAUCUCCACGAGACGUCGUCCGUUCUUGUGGAAACCGUCACCAAGACGUCAGCGAUGGGCGGGGCCUUCGCUUCCUUCCCCAAAUUCUCCUCAGACGGCAGUAAGGUCAUCUCCCGCGGCGCCGGCCUGUCUAAAGCUUUCAUCGGUCAGAAGAACACGUUCACAGUGGACUGCAGCAAAGCAGGAACCAACAUGUUGAUGGUGGGCGUCCACGGGCCCAAGACGCCCUGUGAGGAGGUCUACGUCAAACACAUGGGCAACAGGAUGUACAGCGUGACGUACACGGUGAAGGAGCAGGGCAGCUACAUCCUCAUCGUGAAGUGGGGCGACGAGAACAUACCAGGAAGUCCGUUCCACGUCACCGUCCCGUAAAAGACUGCUUCAUCUUCACGCGGGGACUCCUCAUCCUCAUCCUCCACCAUGCACUGAAGACUUUUCCACUCAGAGGAGGAAACAUUUCUCAUGUCUGUCCUUCUGUGUUCUGCUGACCUUCUGCUCUGCAGCAAAUGCUACUUCAUCCUCAACCUUUUCAUCAGCGAAGGAUGUGCUCUGAUCCUGAAGACCUCCACCUAAACUGUCAGAAGAGCUGCUGAAGACGUGAUCCAGGAUGUGAGAUGUUUCUGCACAGUCUUUGGUCUUUCUCUCCCUGACCAGGUCCAUCUCUGCAGAGGUGGACCUGGUCAGGCUUUUCUUUUGUCUCAUCAAAGCAGAUCCAACAGAAAAAAGCUCCAUCUGACCUGGUUCUCCUGCAGAUGAAGCUGAACAGAACUUCAGCGCUGUGCGUCUGCAUGUAGAACGUUUCUGGUUCUAGAUGGGCUACAUGCCAGCGCUGGGUUUGGUUGGAGGUCUUGAGGUGCAGAUCCUCAGAAAUCAGCACGUCUGAGGAAACAUGGAGCAGAUUUUAGAGCUCUUGAACCAGAAAAUGUGAAUUUGUUCCUGAGAACCAUCUGUGCUCCAGUUCCAUCCUGAUCUUACAUCAGCC